AUGGCCGAGAAAGAUGCUACCUUGCCGGAAAAUGGGAGUAUGCCGCUCUUCGUAUUCUUUAAGGAUAUCAGGUCAGUGUUUAAUCUCGACGAGCUCGGCCUGGAAAUAGCAAGGAUUGCUCUGCCUGCAGCACUCGCUUUGACGGCUGAUCCUAUUGCAUCUUUGGUAGACACUGCUUUUAUCGGCCAAAUCGGUCCAGUCGAACUAGCUGCAGUGGGAGUUUCGAUUGCUUUAUUCAAUCAGGUCUCGAGAAUUGCGAUUUUCCCUCUCGUUAGCGUGACCACUUCUUUUGUGGCCGAGGAAGAUACAAUCACAAGAAUGACUAAUGACUCUAAAGAUUGCGAAAGCUUGGAAAACAUUUCGACUCUAGAAAGCGAGAAUAAGACAUUGAUACCACAAAAGGAGUUGGAAAAUAGUAGCUUCGAGAUAGUUAAGACCGAGCCGGGCAAGAAGCAGAUUGCAUCGGCAUCAUCUGCAUUAAUCAUCGGGGGCAUUCUUGGCAUAAUCCAAGCCGCAUUUCUGAUUCUUGCAGCUAAACCUUUACUAAGUUUCAUGGGAAUCAAACCACAUUCGUCAAUGGCAGACCCUGCACAACAAUACUUGAAGUUGAGAUCACUUGGGGCACCAGCAGUUCUUUUGUCAUUGGCUAUGCAAGGAGUUUUUCGUGGAUUUAAGGACACUAAAACCCCGUUAUACGCGACUGUGAUUGGAGAUUUGACCAACAUAAUUUUGGAUCCAAUAUUUAUCUUCGUAUUCAAAAUGGGAGUUCGAGGCGCAGCUGUUUCGCACGUUAUCUCUCAGUACUUGAUUUCACUAAUACUCUUUUGGCGAUUGAAGGAGCAAGUGGACCUUGUGCCUCCUAGUCUCAAAUAUUUGCAAUUCGGCCGAUUUCUUAAAAAUGGCUUCUUGUUGCUCACGAGAGUGAUAGCCGUGACAUUUUGUGUGACCUUAGCCGCAUCAAUGGCUGCAAGGCUUGGACCAACACAAAUGGCUGCAUUUCAGGUCUGCUUGCAAGUAUGGCUUGCAACUUCUCUUCUAGCCGAUGGCUUGGCUGUUGCUGGACAGGCAAUACUUGCAAGUGCAUUUGCUCGAAAAGACUACAGCUGGGCAACUGCUACUGCUUCCAGAGUGUUACAGCUGGGGUUGGCUUUGGGGGUGUUUUUGGCUAUCGUCCUCGGAUUUGGACUACAUUAUGGAGCAAGAAUAUUUACGAGAGACAGUAAUGUUCUUCGCCUUAUUGGUGUUGGAAUCCCGUUUGUCACAGCAACUCAACCUAUCAACGCAUUAGCCUUCGUUUUUGAUGGAGUCAAUUUCGGAGCAUCUGAUUUUGCGUAUUCAGCCUACUCAAUGGUUACAGUGGCUAUUGUAAGCAUCAUUGUUUUGCUCAUUCUUUCAUCAAGCAACGGGUUUGUCGGAAUCUGGAUUGCGUUGACAAUAUAUAUGAGCUUAAGGGCAUUCGCUGGAUUUUGGAGAAUUGGGACUGGGACAGGGCCCUGGGAGUUUCUCAGGAGCUGA